AUGGGUGUACGGACACAAAGAGAAAGCUUUUGGAUUCGAGGCUUCGUCCUGCUUUGUGCUUGUGGAUUGUCUGCGGCGCAGAUUUCGUACUCUGUCUCGGAGGAGGUUGAUAAGGGUACCUUUGUGGGGAAUAUUGCAAAGGAUCUGAACCUUAACGUGCAAGACUUGCAAUCGAGAGGACUUCGGGUUGUAUCAGGACACUCUAAGAGGUAUUUUGAAGUGAAUUUACAAACGGGUGUUCUUUAUGUCAGCGAUAGGAUAGACAGAGAGGAGCUCUGUCCUAAUGCAGUUAAGUGCUCUGUAAAUAUUGAGGCCGUACUGAGUAAUCCUAUGCAUCUUCACCGAAUCGAAAUAAAUAUUCUCGACAUAAACGAUCAUGCACCAGUUUUUCUAGAAAAAGCCCAUCGAUUGAAUAUCACUGAGGCGGCCUAUUCCGGUGAACGAUUCCCGUUACCCAUAGCAAAUGACGCGGAUGUAGGAUCUAACUCGCUUAAGAAUUACAAGCUUGCUCCUAAUGAAUUUUUCUCUCUUGAUGUUCAGAGCGGUGGUGAGCAAAGUGUAUCAGCCGAAUUAGUGCUUCAAAAACCUUUAGACCGAGAAAAACAACCCAAAGUCCAACUUAUGCUGACCGCUAUUGAUGGAGGUAAACCUCCAAAAACUGGGACUUUACAAAUACUUGUUAAUGUUGUAGACGUAAACGACAAUACUCCUGUAUUUAGCAAACCUCUGUAUAAAGUCCGUGUCAAUGAAAAUGUUCCUUUCGGUACUACCAUCAUCACACUGAAUGCUACAGAUUUGGAUGAGGGAGUUAAUUCUGAGCUGGUUUAUUCAUUAAUCGGGAGGGGGAGUACGAGCGCAUCUGACAUGUUUGCCAUACACUCGGCAACUGGAGAGAUUACUGUGAAGGGAAGUUUAGACUACGAAGAAACUGCUGCAUAUGAAAUCCGUGCUCAGGCAAUGGACCGUGGCCAUUCUCCUCGUAGCACGCACUGUAAAGUGUUAAUUGAGGUGGUCGAUCUAAAUGAUAAUUCGCCUGAAAUAGUAGUGACCUCGCUUAUGAGUCCUGUGAAAGAAAAUGCAGAAAUGGGAACAGUGGUUGCUCUGGUGACUGUAACUGAUAAAGAUAGUGGAAAGAAUGGUCAGACGAAGAUAGAGACCUCCGGUUCCGUUCCGUUUAAAUUAAAGUCAUCUUAUAAAAAUUAUUACUCAUUGGUUGUGGACGGCCCUUUAGACAGAGAGAGCACUUCUCAAUAUAACGUCACCCUCGUAGCUGCAGAUGAAGGAACCCCACCUCUCUCCAGCACCAGUGUCAUCACUGUGCAUGUCUCUGAUGUGAAUGAUAACGCGCCCCUUUUUCCAAAUCCCGUCAUUAAUGUUUACGUUAAAGAGAACAGUGAAGUUGGUGCCGUAAUUUACACCGUCUCCGCUUUCGAUUCGGAUGUUGAUGACAAUGCAAAGAUAUCAUAUUCAAUAUUAGAGGGAUCAACAAAAUCAUUUCCAGCUAAUUCGGCCAUUAACAUAAAUCAAGACACUGGAGAUAUUUAUGCAUUGCAGUCAUUCAAUUAUGAGGAAUUAAAAACACUGCAGUUAAGAAUUCAAGCCACAGAUGCUGGUGUCCCGUCCCUAAGUUCUAACGCCACCCUGAAUAUUUUCAUUCUUGAUGAGAAUGACAACAGCCCCGUGAUUCUCCCUCCCUAUUCAGAGCAUGGCUCUGUCAACACCGAAAAUGUACCUUAUUCUGCUGAAGCUGGCUACUUUGUGGCCAAGAUCAGGGCUGUAGACGCAGAUUCUGGAUAUAAUGCGCUGCUUUCUUACCACAUCUCUGAACCCAAAGGAAACAACCUCUUCCGAAUCGGAACCAGCAGCGGAGAAAUCAGGACUAAGAGGAGAAUGAGCGAUAAUGACCUGAAAGCUCACCCUUUGCUCAUUUUGGUCUCUGAUAAUGGAGAACCUUCUCUGUCAGCUACUGUUUCUAUUGAUGUGGUAGUGGCUGAAGCCAUUGGAGACAUAAAGACUCAAUUCAUGAAUGUCCCAGUCAAGGAUGAUACCUUUUCAGACUUAAAUCUCUAUUUACUGAUAGCAAUUGUCUCCGUGUCUGUGAUCUUUCUGCUGAGCCUCAUCAGCUUGAUAGCUGUAAAAUGCCACAAGACAGACAGCAAUUUUGAUGGAUACAACCCGCCAAUGAUCACCACACAUCCUGAUGGAACCUGGUCUUACUCCAAAUCUACACAGCAGUAUGACGUGUGUUUUAGCUCAGACACACUGAAGAGUGACGUAGUAGUCUUUCCCACACAAUAUCCACCUGCUGAUGCUGAGCUGAUCAGUAUUAAUAGUGGAGACACCUUUCAGCGAACACAAACACUCCCCAACACAGUAAAGGUAAGAAGUCCCUUUUAA